AUGUUUUGGGAAGAGGAAAAGAAGCUUGGUGAAACUAAAGAGGAAACAAUCGAUUCCUACAUCAGUGCUAAUAACCUGACUGGUAUUUUGGAACUCCCCUAUACGUUGCAGGAAUUAUGGGGAGGAAACAAGAAGUUAAUCGAGUAUUUUUGUCGUGUUGAUGUGCUCACUUGUCUUGCCAACAUUGCUCUCCGACCCAACAUUGAUGUGUCGCAGCCGAUUAAGAGCCAUUAUAAACUUCCUAAUGCUUGCGCGGAAAUUCUUACAGUGCGCAACAAUAAUGAAAUCACUAAUGCUUUUCUUGAAUGUGAAGAUGCUUUGAAAGCUGUUAGGGAGUUUUUCGAUGUCAAACCGCCACCGAAUCACUUGUUGUGCGGGUUCUACAUGAGAAUUGUUCAGCACCUGUUUCAUCGUUCUGUAGACAAGGCUUUGGAAAUACUCUCAUCGUGUGAUUUCAUAUCUCAAUGUGCAGCCCAUUUACGCAUGGGCGCUGUUGCUGAGCUGUUGCAGAAUAUUGUUUGGAUACCUCAAGUUGCUGAAGAUUUUUUGAAGAUCAAGAAGUGGUAUGUUGAUAGCGGACUAUGUAGAAAACUCGUGGAACAACUUGCACCAGACCUACCUGUAUGUGUACACGAAAAUGUUAUGGAAUUAUUUACAAAUCUUGUUAGGAAUACGAGGGAUCAAAUGUAUGCUCUCGAUAUCAAAAGCGACGUUCUGAACGAUGAACUGCAGUCGGAGAGCCUUGUCCAAGAAUUCUUAGACAAAAUGCUCGCGCGCGACGAAAAUGGCAUUAUAUCAACGUCUGUCACGCGGAAUAUAUGCGAGAUGCUCAUAACCCUACUGAAUACAAAUCACAUCCUAUUCCGGCCAAGCCACACUUUAUAUAAGGAGUUUAACGCAGAGAUUCCUUGGGUAGGAGGAAAUCCUUCGGCGGGCAUGGAUGGUGUAGCAAGUGAAAUUGCCAAGGAAGGAGCUGAAAGGCUAUGGUGUCCUGAUUCUGAGAGAACCGUCGAAAAACUUGCAUCUGCUAGAGCUUCGGAAAUGAUUAAACUGAUAAUUGAAGACCUUGAGGUCGGUUUGUUGUUCAACUCCGAUGGUGAAGGCGAAAUUUGGUCAUAUAUUCUUCGCCUAAUAAUAGAACUGUGUGAUACGAAUCACUUGGAAACCCAUGAAACUCUGGUGGAACACUUUGAGAAAAGUGACAUGCGAAAGCUUUUCUCUCUAGUUUGGAGUCAUCCUCGUUGUUCAAUUUUUCAUGGCUUUCUGCAGCGAAUAGUUUCUUUCAUCCUCUUCUCUUCUACUCAAAAUGAAUCUCCUGCUAUUGCUUACUUGUUCAAGGGAUUAAGUCUUCCGGAAAUCAUACGUUCUGGUAUAAACCCAAGAUGUGUUUUAAAAAAGAUAGACUUGUUUUCACUCCGCUCACAUCAUAUCCACUUGGCAUUGGCUGUUGAACAGGCAAUGAAAACUUCCUCUAACGCACGAGCUGUACAGAAAUUUAUAGAGGAGUUUCCCUUUUGGCAAGAAAUCGUAGCUAAGGUUGAUGAAUGGCUAAGCUGGAAUCUGCCAGAUCCUGAAGUAGCUAAUGUUCGUCCGAUGAAUCAGCAUGACACUAUAGAUGAGGCUCUGGAUGAAUUCGAGCGGCAAAUUGUUGGUCCUCAGCAACAUGUUCUGUACGAAUUUAAGACCCAGACGGUUAGUGUGCCGAUGACGGAUGUUUUCGACACUGCACUAGGUGAACUGCAAGUAGAUAUGAAUAUGGAAGAAAAUGACGUGGACGAAAGCGACUUCGAGGCCAUGUGCGGCAUGAAAAAGUCGCCACUGCUAGAUGACUGGCCUCUACAAGAUAAAGCGCGUCAAGCGACCUCGGAUGAUGAUUGGGCAGCAAUGAGAAGGUCAAACGAAAGCACAGCUGACGAUUGGCCCGGAAUGAGUAGUGGAACGAAAGCCGAAGAAAGUUCUGAUUUUCCCGUUCAAUGGGACCAGGCACCCUCCUCCAGCAGUUCCGAAGGUUGGUCUUGUUUUCCACAAGACAACAGCACGCCAAGAAAGGUCGUAAAUGAUGAGGAAUGGGCUGAUUUUUCAACACUGAAGACGGCACCUGGCGUUUCUUCAGACAGUUUUAGUGACUGGCCUGGUGUUGAGAAGGAACAGAGCUCCGACUGGCCGCUCCCAAAAGAGCCUGAUGCCGUAGAUCCCGUUAUGGCGGGCUUCGCUACAGUCGUGCUGAAUUCCUCUUUAGAUGAACGUGUUGUCAAUGAGAGUGAAUGCUAG